AAUCCAAUACACUCCCUUAAUUUUAUGGUAUACAGUUCCUGCGCGUCUGAGAAGAAAACAUAAAACCCUUCUUUUCAGUUUAGGCGAUUGCAGAGGAAGAACAAAAUUUUCGAUUCAAUUCAAGGUUAUUGGUUGAAAAGUGUGUUUGUGUUUGUUUGAAAUUGUGGUGUGGAGGAAGAGAAGAUGGAGGGUGAGGAAGGAGGUGGUGUGAGAUUGAGCAAGAGAUUCAAUGAUGACAAAGGUGGAGGAGAGGUUGAUUAUAAGACGAAAUCGGGUACAGCUUGGAGCCAUAAUUUUCUUAACCAAAAACCGUGGCAUCCUUUGUCGUAUCCUAACCAACGGCGUAAGUGGAUUGCUGAACAAACUCAUGCUCAGCGCGAACGGAAAACUGAAGAGGUUGCUCGUGAGUAUGCUCAGGAGCAAGAGUUUUAUCGCCAGACAGCUCUUAUAUCCAAGAAGGACAAGGAAAAGGUGGAGCUUAUGCAAGCUGUUAGCUUUAUGUAUGUUCGUCCUCCUGGUUACAAUCCUGAAAGUGCUGAGGCUGCAGAGUUGAAUGACGAGAAGAAAAAAGAAGAUAUGGUGAAUAGGGAGCCUACACAAACCAAUCCCGAUGGACCUUCCUCUUCAUUGCCGCCGCAAGGAGAGAAGAAAAAACCGAGGCCAAAAGAUGUUUUCGGCCGUGCUCUACCAACCGAAGAAGAAUUCGAAGUUCUUAAAAAUGCGCCAAGGCUGGAAACAGGAGUUGCAGCAAGGGCAAAACCUUUUGGAGUUGAAAUUCGCAAUGUUAAAUGUUUAAGAUGUGGGAACUAUGGUCACCAAAGUGGUGAUCGUGAAUGUCCCUUGAAGGAUGCUAUAAUGCCAAAUGAGGAAAGUAGAUUGAAAAGAGAUGACCCUUUGAAUGCUAUUCUUGCCCACACAGAUCUUUCCGAGCCUCUAAAAUGGGAGCUCAAGCAGAAGCCAGGAAUCAGUCCUCCUCGUGGAGGGUUUAAACCAGAUGACCCCAACCAGCAGAUAGUUGCUGAGGACGAUGACAUAUUUGAUGAAUACGGAGGUUUUCUCAAUAUGGGCGAUAUCCCUGAUUUAUUGACCAGCUUAUCCAAAAAACCAAAAAAGUCCAAAAAGAAGCACAAAAAGCCACAGCAAGUACAUUCAGAAAAUGAAGCAUCUUCUGAUGAUGGAGGAGAGAGUAGAUCUAAGAAAAAAAAGGAUAAGGCAAGUAAAAAGAAGCGAGAUUAUAAAGAGUCAAGUUCAUCAGAUUCUUCUGUCUCUGAAAAAGAUAAUGGAAAGAGCAGACACAAACAUUCAGAAGUUUCUGCCAGUGACCGAUAUGACCGAAGUAGAAGAACUAAACAAGAGCAUUCACUUUCACCCAAAGGUUACGAUCAUCCUAGGCACAGUAGGAGUGAACAUAGCAACCGAAGGCAUUCCUUUUCAUAUAAGGAGUCUGCUACUGAUGAUUAUGAUGGAAAUUACAAGAUUAGUGAUAAGAAUUCGUAUUCAUCUGAAGAUUCUGAUAGUGACAGGGAUGAUCGAGGUAGAAAGAGUAUGCAAAAGCAUGAGAGGAAACGCAGCAGAAAAAGACAUUCUUAUUCUGAUGAGACGGAUUCUGGGCCUGCUGAUUAUCAUGUGAAACACAAGAGCAGAGAUAAGCGUUAUCGUAAAUCAGAUGAUCAUAAUCAUCAACGACAACCUGAGGAUAAAAGGGGCAGCCAUCAGUAUUCAUCAGCAACCCCUUGCGAUUCUCAAAUGCACAAAGUAAUUUAUAGUCAUGAUCGGUACCGUGGAAGUCAGAAGAGCAGAGCUGAGCAUUCAUAUUCUUCCGAUGAUUCUGAUGUUGAAAAGAAUAGUCGAAAUAGAAGGAUCAAAGGAAAACAUGGAAGUCAGAAGAGCAGAGCUAAGUGUUCAUAUUCUUCCGAUGAUUCUGAUGUUGAAAAGGACAAUCAAAGUAGAAGAAUAAAAGAAAAACGUGGAAGUCAGAAGAGCAGAGCUGAGCAUUCUCAUUCUUCCGAUGAUUCUGAUGUUGAAAAGGACAAUCGAAGUAGAAGGAUAAAAGAAAAACAUGGAAGUCAGAGGAGCAGAGCUGAGCACUCUUAUUCUUCCGAUGAUUCUGAUGUUGAAAAGGAUUAUCGGAGUAGAAGGAUAAAAGAAAAACAUGGAAGUCAGAAGAGCAGAGUUGAGCACUCUUAUUCUUCCGAUGAUUCUGAUGUUGAAAAGAAUAGUCUAAUUAGAAGGAUUAAAGAAAAACAUGGAAGUCAGAAGAGCAGAGCUGAACGUUCUUAUUCUUCCAAUCAUUCUGAUGUUGAAAAGAAUGAUCGAAGUAUAAGGAUAAAAGAAAAACAUGGAAGUCAGAAGAGCAGAGCUGGACGUUCUUAUUCUUCCGAUGAUUCUGAUGUUGAAAAGAAUAAUCGAAGUAGAAGGAUCGACGAAAAACACUGCGGUACCCUUGAGGGUUCUGAACAUCCUGAGUAUGAUACGAGCAAACAGGACACAAAAAAGCAUUCACAUCAUAGAAGUGAACAGAGUUCAGAUCAUUGUGAAAAACAUCAUAAGUUGAGGAGAAGCAGCCACAAGCACUGAAUAGCUCAUUUCAACUCUAGUGAGCAUCACACAAAUUGUGAGAGCAGGCACAAUGUUUCCCAAACCUUCAUAUUAAACAUAUUAAACAUUAUGAAGCUGCCAUGCUCAUCAAACACAUAUUAAACAUAUUAAACACAAUGUUUUCCAAGAGGUUGUCAACAUAUUAAACAUUUUCAUUAUUAUAGUUGCCAUGCUCAUCAAUCUGAUCAUAUGAAGCUGUUUGCUGUAUAAAUAGGAAGCAACAAUCUACCGCACCACGAAUCUGUUGUAUAUCAGUUAUAUGAUAGUAGUGCUUUUUCAGAAGCUCCAAGCCUCCAAUCCGUGUUUGAGAAAGUUGAUUUCACCGUGAUUCUCUUCAACCAACAAGUAACAACUAAAUUACUUUCUCUAACUUGCCUUGAGUUUGAAUAACUGAAUUGUAAUUUUUGCUAUUGUUUUUUAACACUGAAUCAAUUAAAUUGUUGGA